AUGGCUUGGAUCUUCUCGGUAUUAAAUGAUGUGUUCCAGGCCGUGAAGGGGACAAACACAACCAUCCUUACAGACGAGCACGUCCCCGGUGCCGAUCUGACAGGCAAAUGGAUCAUUAUAACCGGAUCCAACAACGGCGUCGGCUUCGAAGCAGCAAAGUCUUUCGCAUCAUGGGGCGCAAAUCUCAUCCUCGCCUGCCGCGAGCCACCUGCAUGGGAACUGCAUCCAACAGCAGCCGUGAAGGAAUGCAAAGAGCUUGCUGCGGUGUGCGGCCAUUCGUCCACCAUUGAAUGGUGGCACAUCGACAUGGCAGAUCUCAGCAGCGUUGAUGCUUUCUGUCAAAGGUGGAUGCAAUCCGACCGCGCUUUAGAUAUCCUAUGCAAUAAUGCCGGGAUUGCCCAGCCUACCCAGCCAGCCCGUAUAACGAAGGAUGGAUUCCAGAUGGUUCAUCAGAUCAACUUCUUAUCUCAUGUACUACUAACCCUCCGACUCCUCCCAUCUCUAGCUCGCAGUGCCGAGCCUCGAAUCAUAUGCACAACCUCAUGUUUCCACCAUCUAGGACUCUUCGAUAUCGACCAUGCCAAUAGUGAACCAGGCAGCAGAGGCAACGAUUAUCGAAACAAUAAACUCUACUUCCAAAUGUGGGUCGCAGAGAUGCAGUCUCGGCUCCUCAGGCACCCCGAGUACCUCCACAUCACAAUCAACGGCGUCCAUCCCGGCUUUGUGGCUUCGGGAAUAUGGGACGGCCUUGAAAGUGCGGGUAAGGCCCCGGCCGGACUGGAUUUACUUUUGCGCUAUGUUGCUAUCACGUCGCAACAGGGUGGAUUAGCUAUUUCUCAUGCAGCUACUAGUUUGGAGUUUGGGCCAGAUCCUAAGAAACAGGGCGUUGGUGCGGAAAAUGGACGUGGGGGAGGGAAGUAUAUCAAUCGGAUAUGGGAAGGGCCUAUGAAAUCAUAUUGUAAUGAUCCAGAGGCUAGAUCGAGAUUGUGGAUCAAACUGGAUGAGGAGCUUGGAUUGCAAGAGAAGGGCCUUCUGGAGGUUUUGGGUCUUUAA